GAUUUAAUUUACCGCUUGGAACAACCUAACACACUCCAGCCACCCGGCCAGGCCUUCCUGGAAACCGCCAACAUGGCAGAUCUGGAGCAUUUCGACCCAGACCAAUCGAUAGACGAGCGACGGCAGAUCCAGCGUGGGAUGCGCGAGCUCGAAAAGCAAACGACCGAAGAACAAGACGAGCUUCUCGCCCCAGACGGCAAGGUGUUUGUCGACAAGCUCAAAAAGUCAGAUGACUGGAUUCGCAUGACCAAACAGACUUCGGAGGCCCAGAUUGACUCACGGUUCCUGGUGCGCAUUUCAGAGCUUGCAUAUCGUCGAUCCGUCAAAGUCACCGCCGGCAGCGCCGUCAACGGUAUCGAUGUCGACGAGUUCGUGUCCAAGUGCAUAACUUACAUGAAGCACGGCCGGGGAAUUGCGAAUGAUGACCAUGCCGAGCUGUCAUACACCCAGCAUCAGCGCCGAGGAAGGGGUAGGGGCAGGGCUGCGCCCGCGACUAUCGCAGAGGACGACGACGACGAAGUGGGUGACAGCGGUGACAUGCUCGACUGGGCGCACUUUGGCAAGUACGCUGCGAUACCACACAUUCACCGUCCGGCCGUCCCGAAUCACCUCCUCGGCCCCCUGUCGGUUGAGCGCAAGGUCAGAAAGGUCGGCAAGAGGACUGCGCCUCUACGAGUUGCAAACCUGCAGGAGGUUAGACCCGAAGUGCUGGACCCUGACGCUAUGCGCGGCGCCGAGAAGAAUGACCUGUCAGCUAUGUGCGGCAGGAUUCUACGGCAGCUGGAAGAAGAACAGGCGUCCGCACAAGAGGCGGUUGAGCAGGCGGUGAACAGAGAGCUGCCGUUAGAAUUACGGGAAGACCCCGAUGCGCUGCGACCAUACUACUCGCGCUUUGGCGUCCGCGAUACGGGCGGUAUCGAUCUGCUCCGGUUCGCCGUGAACCCGCACUCGUUCUCGCAGACAGUCGAGAACCUGUUUUACAUUAGCUUCCUCAUCCGCGAUGGGAAAAUAGCUCUGGAGUUUGACGACGAUGGGCUCCCAUCCAUUGCAACGAUUGACCAGGAUGACGCGGAAGCCGUGGAAAAAGGCAAAGCCACACGCCACCAGGCCGUCAUCUCUCUGGAUGAGGCAUCCUGGAAAGACGUCGUCAAAGCCUUUAGUAUUACAAAGAGCAUGAUCCCUCACAGGGAUGAGCCAGUACAACGACCUGGCGCACGAGGCUGGUACAACUGA